GCAAUCCCAUGAUUCCGUUCGAAUAAUGUUAGAUUACCCGUGGCUGUGAAUAGCGGUGACAUAAAACCGAAGAAUCCGUUUAGAGAUGCUGCUUUUAUUAAUUAUUUCGGGAAUCGGAGUGGUGACGCUUCUGGUGGUUUUAUUUGCACCCCACAUAAGAAAAUAUGCUGCCGGAGGAGUAUGCAAGUCCACGGUUCGUCUGGAUGGAAAAACGGUUCUCAUCACCGGUGCCAAUACAGGGAUCGGGAAGGAGACGGCCCUGGAGCUGGCUGUGCGAGGUGCCCGGGUGAUUAUGGCAUGUCGUAAUGUGGAAAAGGGAGAGGAGGCUGCAGCCAGUAUCUGUGCAGUGUACCCCAAAGCACAAGUGGAGGUCCGAGAGCUGGACUUGGCAGAUACACACUCCAUACAGACCUUUGCACAGAGAUUCCUCAGGGAGGUCAACCAGCUUCACAUUUUGAUCAAUAAUGCUGGAGUGAUGAUGUGUCCUUACACAAAAACUGCAGAUGGUUUCGAAAUGCAUAUGGGAGUCAAUCACUUGGGACACUUCCUGUUAACGUACCUCCUGAUUGGUCUGCUCAAGCGCAGUGUGCCCGCCCGCAUCGUGGUGCUCUCCUCUCUGGCACACAACUUUGGCUGGAUCCGUUUCCAUGACCUGCACAGCCACGGCAGCUACAACAGUGGACUCGCAUACUGUCAGAGCAAGCUGGCAAACGUGCUCUUUACCCGGGAGUUAGCCCGGAGACUCAAAGGUUCUAAUGUGACGGUAAACUCAGUCCAUCCGGGGACGGUCAACUCUGAUCUGACCAGGCACUCAACCCUCAUGAUGUUACUUUUCACUGUGUUCUCCAUAUUCCUGAAAACGCCGCAGGAGGGAGCACAGACAAGCAUCUACUGUGCCGUGGCAGAAGAACUACAGUCCGUCUCUGGGAAACACUUCAGUGAUUGCACCCCUGCCUUUGUGGCCCCGCAGGGACGGAGCGAGGAGACGGCCAGGAGACUUUGGGACAUCAGCUGUGAGGUUCUCAGUAUUGAGUGGCACUGAUUGAACAUUAUUUGAGUUCUCAGUGGACUCAUUAUACCUUUUUCUCCCUCUGCAUUUUAUCUACUUCAUGGAGUUAUUGCAUCUUUAGACCCCCCCCGAGAUCUGAGUAUCAUCAGGUGAUAAUGUGAACGUUAUGAUCAUGUGAAGUGAAGGUGACUUUGUGUACCAAUGCAGUAACUACAUAAGUUGAGUACUUUAACAUUCAGUAACUGAAUUGUUGACUAGUUCUACAGGCAAAAAACUGCACAGCUGUUUUAUGAGCCAACUAAAGUUUUGAUGCUACUGUAUAUUUUUGUGACUAUGAAUACAAAAAAAAACUUGAUAUAUUGCAAAACUGUUGGAUACUGUGACAGGUCAAACCACAGUACCUGGCCAGCGUCUUGACAGAAGGUGUUUAUGAAGAAUUUGCAGCUAAACUGCUUCUGUGCCAGCAUUAAAAAA